UGGUGCUGAUUUUACAGCCUGUUCAGACAUUGAGCCAAAGAUCACCCACAAGCCCUAACACUGUGAGAAUGUAGACAGGCUUUACUUUAAGGAGAUCUGUUAAGAAGUUCUAACAAUGAGGUGACACUUUCACAUGCUGGUCUUGGUGGAGUUUGCACAUAAGUAACUGUACUUACAUUGCUGUGUAUAGCCUCUGCAAGGGCACAAAAAAGGAUCUCUUUGCAGACUGUGAAGUCAUGCCCUUUUUGGAAUUCGUAGCUGGAAGCAUUUCAGGUGCAGUGGGAAUUGCAGUUGGACAUCCGUUGGACACAGUGAAGGUGCGCCUGCAAGCAAAGUGUGUGUAUAAAGGGAUAUUUGACUGUGUGACUAGAACAUACUUGAACGAAGGACUCCAUGGGUUCUUCAAGGGCAUGUCCUUUCCAGUUCUGACCACUGGCCUUGCCAACUCCAUCGUCUUUGGGUCUUACAGUAAUGCUUUAGAUUACCUCUCUCAGUCUGAUUGCAAUCUUCCCAGUCACUGCAAACAAGCGUCUUCAAUACAAGUCUUUGCUGCAGGCUGCUUCUCAGGCAUUGUGCAGGUGCUGGUUUGUGCCCCAAUUGAUCUGGUGAAGGUGCGCCUGCAGGGUCAAACAACUGGCGAGCGGUACCGUGGGCCCAUACACUGUGUGGCCAUCAUACUACGGGAGGAGGGUCUCAGGGGUCUGUACAGAGGAGGGGUGGCUCUGGCCCUGAGGGACGUGCCCUGCUAUGGACUCUAUUUCCUCCCUUAUGAGGUCACUCGUAAGGCCCUUACUGAGACUGGAAAGGCGCCAGGUACCUUUGCCAUACUGAUGGCAGGGGGCGUGGCAGGUGUGGUGACCUGGGCAUGUGCCACGCCCAUGGACGUUGUAAAAGCUCGGCUCCAAAUGUCUGGAGCUGGUGGUCGGCAGUACAGUGGGGUUUUGCACUGCAUAGGAGUGAGCUUGAAGGAGGAAGGAGGAAGGGUCUUCUUCAAAGGCCUCCUACUGAACAGUGUCAGGGCUUUCCCUGUCAACGCCAUCACCUUCCUAACCUACGAGAGUCUGCUGAAGAUCCUCUGUCCACCAGGGAAAUAGUGGCACCUCAGUAAAGAAAGACGUUGUUUCACAAAAAGAAGCAAGGAAGUUAACUACAUUUAAAAUUCUGAAGGUUACAUUGCAAACAUUGCCAAAUAAUAGAAAAAGGGAUUCAAAUACCUUCUUUUAACUAAUGUCGGUUAACUAAACCUGAUCACAGAUUAGGAAUAGAAUAACCAAAGUUUGUCCUUAUCUGAAUUAUUGUAUGACCUGAUUGAAGAUAUGCGAAGCUAAGCCGCUUAAUACCUCAAACCCACAGCAACAAAACAGAAGAGCCACGUUUGUAUUAUUUUACAUAAUGAGAUCUUCUGCUAAGCCAGGCUGCUUGUUUGAUAGUUUAGAAUCUGUGCCAAUAGCUUCGCAAAUUAGAGGCUCCAUGUAAUGCCACACAUAUACACCACUGCCAUGAAUUUAUUGUAGUGAAACUUAAAUGUGACUUAAUGUUAUGCUACACUAGGCAAACACUCUGUCUGCGUUGUUGAAGAUAAACUCACCUCAGCAUGUAGAAUGCUUGAAGUAGCUGACAUGACAAGCUCAGACUGUGUACAGAGCAUUGAAUGUACAUUCCUAGAUGGUCAGGUAUAAAAAAAAAACAAGAGUGCUGUCACAGCAAAAGUAGCAAAACAAUAAAAACAAUUACACCCUUCAUCCCAAUAUACAUGCACUUUACAAAAUAGGGGCGCAUCAUAACAGAUACGCCUACUUUGGAGAUGUGACGAGACUUGAUGUUUAACAAAAUGCAUUUAAUUUCUCAACAUUUAGACCCACGUAAAAUAUAUUUCCGAUACACCAGCAUAGAUGGUAACAUAAAAAAUGUGACAGAGGCUUUACAAUGAUUUUUUUUUACCAGAUUUUUUUGUUAGCUACAAAUGUUAAUCUUUUCAGAUUUUUCUAACCACACAUCCACCUCAAAUAUACUAGUUCUCUAUUCUCAUUGCAGGUUUGGAUCACCUGUUAGACCAAUCCUAAUCCCAGAACAUUUGACUCUUUGAAAUAUCCUACCUAUUUGCUUAUGUUAAAUCCAGGUAGUGUUCUCUUUUGGCCUUACUGUUUUUUUAAAAGCUUUAUUACAAGCUAUGGAACUGCAAUGUCUGAAUUAAUUGUUUUGACUUUAAAAAGCUGAUGAUAUUUGUAUUGAAACAGGUCAGUGAUAUAAAACCUUUUGUUUCUACUUCACCACACAUCUUUCACAUCCACUUUUUUCUGUCUGUAUUAACUCAAUAAGCUAACAAAAAAAUUUUAUUAAAAUGGUUACUUUUAUAA